AUGGCGAACGGGCACCCGGAUGAAGGCGGGCUCGGCACAAAUGCCACAGCUGGGGCAGAGCCAUCGCCCGAGGCGGUGCACGGGCCCCUGCGCCUGCGAAACACCCUCACAGGCCACACGCGCGCUGUAUCAUCGCUGAAGUUUUCGCCAGUGGACAGCAGCCUGCUCGCGUCUGCAUCAGCAGACAGGAGUGUACGGGUGUGGCGCCUCAGCAGCAGCACAAGCAGUGAAAGCGACCCCGCCAGCAGCUGCGCGGACGGCGUCGCGGACGCAGCGGGCCCACGCGAGGUGUCGGCGCCUGGAGGGCUGCAGCACACGUCGGGCGUGAACGACGUGGCAUGGAGUCCGCUGGGGAACUAUUUGGCAAGCGCAAGCGAUGACACGGUGGUGCGGCUGUGGGACGCUGAGACCGGGGCAUGCCUGCGCGAGAUGGAGGGCCACACCAACUACGCCUACUGCUGCCAGUUCGACCCCGCAGGGCGGGUGCUGGCCACGGGCAGCUUUGACGAGACGCUGCGGUUCUGGGACGUCCGCGUCGGCCGCCUGCUGCGGGAGACGCCCGCCCACAGCGACCCAGUGACCUGCCUGUCCUUCAGCUACGACGGCACGCUGCUGGUGUCGGGCUCGUUCGACGGCCUCGUGCGCGUGUGGGACGCGCGCAACGGCCACUGCCUGCGCAGCUACGCCAGCAGCGCGACCAGCGCCCCCGUCAACGACGUGUCGCUCUCGCACAAUGCCCAGUACUACCUGCAGGCCACCCUGGACAGUCGCCUGCGCCUGGUGCACCUCGAGACCGGCCGCUGCGCCAAGACCUACGCGGGCCACAGGAACGAGGACUUCUGCUGCGGCGCCGCCUUCGUGGCGGGCCUGCCGGAGGCGCAGGGGGCUGGGGAUGCCAUGGACACGGACGCGGCGGCAGACGCGGGGGCGCGCGAGGAGGGGAGGGGCGGGCCGGCGGCGCCGGCCGUCUCGGCGGUAGCGAGUGGCGGGGAGGACGGGUCCCUGUGUGUCUGGGGGCUCAACAGCCGCAAGCUGCUGCAGCGGGAGCUGGGGGCAGCGGCGGGCGGGCAGGGGCACGGUGCGGCCGCGCUCUGCAUCGCAGCGCACCCGACGCGGCCGCUGGUGGUGACGGGGGGGCAGGAGCCAGACUGCGCCAUCAAGGUCUGGGCGGCCCCAUGA